UUCCUCUCUCUCCCUCUCUCUCUCUCUCUCUCUCUCUCUGUUUCUAUCUUUCUCUCCGCCUUUAGCUCGGAGAGCUCGGUCCGUGGCAUCUUCUCUCAUUGAAAUUUCUUCUAAAUUGCCGGCCACAUUGCUGAAUUGUCGUCAAUCAGCUCUUCAUGGGCAGGCACUCUUGCUGCCACAAGCAGAAGUUGAGGAGGGGGUUGUGGUCUCCCGAGGAGGACGAGAAGCUCCUCGACCACAUCACCAAGUUUGGCCAUGGCUGUUGGAGCUCCGUCCCCAAGGUGGCAGGUCUGCAGAGGUGCGGGAAGAGCUGCAGGUUAAGGUGGAUAAACUACCUGAGGCCCGACCUCAAGAGAGGCAUGUUCUCGGAGGAAGAGGAGAGGCUCAUCGUCGAGCUCCAUGGCAUGCUGGGCAACAGAUGGUCUCAAAUUGCGUCUAGAUUGCCCGGCAGGACGGACAACGAGAUCAAGAACUACUGGAACUCCAACAUCAAGAAGAAGAUGAAGCAGAACGGGAUUGACCCCGACACCCACAAACCACUAAAACAGGAUAACAAAGUCACUGCCACAGAACAAGGGUUCAGCAAUCAUCCCCUUGGCCAGCAGCCGCCGCUCUGGUUCGAGCUAAUGAACUACAACAACAACAACAACAACUUGAUCGCUUCGGCGGUUGUGAAUUUGCCUCGAGAUGAAGCUUGCUUUCAGUCAUUGCAGUGUCUAGAGGGAGGAGCUGGAGGUGGAAUCAUGAACCCAAGCAAUAGCAGUGGGAGCAGUACUGGGAAUAGCAUGAGCAGUGCAAUGGAGUUGCAGAGCUUCAACAGUACUCCUCUAAUGGAGAUGGGCGGCGCCAUGCUUCCAUGGCCAGACCAGCUGCUGCUGCUACCGAACAAAGGAGCUGAAAUCCACAUUGAAGGUGAGCCAGAGGAUCUCAAGUGGUCAGAGUACCUGAAUGGCACCAUUAGAUGCUUGGCUUCGAGUCAACAAGACGACUGAAGAUAAAUUUGAAGAAUCAAGAACGAAAAUUGAUAGGGCAUGUGAAUUUGUGCACAUAAGGCAGGAGCCGAAUAUACUGCAGCCGUUGAGUGCCUGAUGAAGAACUUGGGAGGAUGAACACAGAACAGGCAUGAGGAUUUAUUUUUUUUUAUUUUUAUUUUACUGUGAUUUUAGUUUGUUUCAGUAGGAAGAAGAAGAAAAAAAUGUUUGAUUUGGAUUGGAAUCUUGUGAUAAGAAAAAAAAAUUCUUGUUCUAGUUUAACCAUAAUUAUUGAUCCAACCUCUAGCACUUAUGCACUUAAAUAAAGUUAUUAAUCUCAGGA